CCCCUGUGAGGGAAUGACCACAUUAAUAUUAUUUUGUGCAAAACACUCAUGUAACGGGACAUUUUUCAUUACUAUAUGUAUUUAUUUUCAGUUUCUUUAAAAGGAUGGAAAAUCCAUGUAGCAGGAAUUCAUUUUAUAUUAGAAAGCAGUGAGGGCGGAACUUUGGUGCUUGCUCCGGGGUUUCGGGGUGCAGUAAGUGGAGCCCACCUUCCGCUGCUUCCUCAGACACGUUCUGGAGGAAAGCAGAGACGCAUCGUGUCUUCCUUACUCCGCUCUUCACCUGCUUUUACAGGUAACAUAUUUGUCAUCGUGGUCUUCAUCUUUGGGACCCGUAACAAAUCUUGGGGGCUCGUCCGGGAUCGGCGCCACCUGGCGGUUGGGGCUGAUCCAUAAAUGACAUCUGGGACCAGGACGUGAGCUGAUGCAGGCUGAGCAAGCUGAGAGUUGGAGCCGAGACUGAUCCAUCGUCGUGCUGAGUGGCCCAUUGAGAGGGACAGCAAAGAGUUGCAGCCAUGGCCGAGGGCGGGAGGAAGAGCCUAGUGUGGGACAUUAGGAGAAGCCUACUCACCCUGUCGGCGGGAGAACUCUACAAGGUCGCUAAGAAGGUGGGUCCAGCCGACCCAGGUCAGCCAGAGCUCGACGUGACAGACCAGGAGGGCUGCUUUGACCACAUCAGUUCUUUCAUGUACAGUAAGCCAUUGCUUGAGGCAGAAGAUGGUGGGAUGGUGGACUUGCUAAUGUUAAAGGACUUCAUUGAUGAUGUGAUUGAAAAUCGACAAGUAUGUGAUGAUACUGAGGACGUAGAUUCACCUGUUACACAGACAUUUACACAAACUGUGCAACCAGCUCGCCCCUCAAGUGGCAUGGGUGAUAGUCCUACACAGCCUGUCCCGGUGACCACGAUAGCUAACAUGGUUAACCGGCCGCCAGUUGCAGGUACAACUAGUCCGACUGGCCUAGCCAGCCCUAUCCCUGAUAUCACUAGCGCUGAGCUGCAGGAGAUGUUAAAUAGCUAUGAGGCGCUUGGUAAAAGACUGAGACAAAGUGUAAUGGUCCCCACUGAACAGUCACCUCGACAGCCCACGGGUUUGCUAGUUCAAGCUGACCUAACACAGAGCGACCCACUUCAACCCAGCCCACCCGGGCAGCCAAGGGCCCAGCCCACUCGUGAGGGGAUGAUCUCUCUGAGAGACCUCUCUUAUCUCCAGAGAAGAGAAUUUAGAGUACAAGGGGGUCAAGUUGGUGACCAUUCAUCCGACAUUAGCUACAACAACAUUUGCAAACAGAUGGAUGAGGGGAUUAGAGAAGGCUUCCCUGACGCAGAGAUAGUUCGUGGAGUGCUCAGGAUAAUAAAGCCUGGAACUUUUAAAGAUAUGCUAAUCAAUAAAGAUGAUUUGACUGUACUUGAACUGAAGGGGUUCCUCCAGGCCCACCUGAGGGAGAAAAAUAGUACAGAACUCUUUCAGGAAUUAAUGUGUGCCAGACAAGACGAGAGUGAGACACCACAGCAGUUUCUCUACCGGGUGAUAGGGUUGAAGCAGCGGGUCCUCUUCACAUCCAAAAUGUCUGAUGCAGGCAUAAAGUACAGUGCAGCUACUGUUCAGGAUGUUUUCUUGCACUCGGUCUACCAGGGGCUUGGGUAUAAGCACAGUGACAUUAGGCGAGAGUUAAAACCUCUGUUGUCAAGCGUAGAGGUGAGUGAUGAAACAAUCUUGCGCCACAUAAUGAGAAUCACUAGCGAGGAAAGUGAGAGGCAAAAGAGAAUGGGCUCGUCCCGUCGACAGAACACAACUAGCACACAUAGUGCUCAGUCUGAGCUCAACACCAUCCAGGAAUGUAGUGAGCGAGACCGACCAAUUGACACAACCAAGACUGACCCGAUUAAAGAACUCACAGCUAAAGUUAAUGAGCUCGCUGGGCUGGUGGAGGCGAUGAGACAACAGACUCUAGCACGACCCUCAGACCUAGCGAACCCAUACUCACAAAACAGGUCAAGAAACAGAAAAGACAAAACCUUUGGGUGUCCAAACUGUGUUGAACAGAACCGUCCAGAUUGUUGCCAUUGCUUCAUCUGUGGGGAAGAGGGUCACAGGGCGGUUGGCUGCUUAAAAAAAUCUAAGAACCAGGGAAACGUGAAUCGGUCUCUGCAGCGGGGCGCCCAGUGACCGAGUCCAAAAGAGAGCCCCACAGUGAGCGCUUAAGGGAGGUGAGGACCCAACCUAGCCUUAACAGUAGCAAACCCAG